AUGAGUUUAGAAAGCAUACGACAGAAGCAUAAUCCACCGCACGUGAACGGUUAUGGCCACGCGGGGUUUGUUAGACCACACGCCAGUCGAUUACGUUUGCGCAGCUCACGGGUAGCACUGGACCCUGUUGAUGACGAUAUUCUCAUCAAUUACCUCUAUGCUACCCCCGACAAUGCUGUCAAUAAAGAUGCAGAUAUGCAGAGUGUUGUGGAUGAAGGUGAUGACGCAGUAGCAGACACUACUGCCAAACCUACCGCAGCAGACACCUCCGCUAAAUUUACAGCAACAUCCUCCUGUGACGUUAAGCAUCAUAAUCUGACAAAACUGCAGAUUUGCUGGUCGGGCACAACCAACUACAAAAAGGCGGUCACAUCCAAACUCGCUGCAGACAACCAAGAAGAAAUGAUCCAGUGGUGUCUGCAGCUUUGUCAAAGUAUGAUUUUAUAA